UCCUGGGGCCACUGAGGAGAGCCAUCGCCAUGAUCCCCGCACUGCUCUUGCUGGGCCUUACGGCCCUCGCCGCUCCAGCCAUGAGUUACAGUUGCUAUGGCGAUGUAAGUGCUCUUCAAGCCCCCUCGAUCCCCUGUACAGUUGUAAGAUCCUCAGACUGUGGACCUGCCAUGGUACGGAAUACUGCUGAGGCAGACGUUGUACGCCUGAGAAAAUAUGAGAUCCCGAUUAAAAGAGUAGCCAGAAACCUGUGCUUGGACCCGGCACUCAUCGCUGCCAUCAUGUCGCAGGAGAGCCGUGUUGGCCUGCUCCUGGACAAUGGCUGGGACCAGGAACGGCAGAAGUACGGCUUGAUGCAGCUUGGUGGGCAGCAACACCCUUUCGGAGGAUGGGAUAGUGAAGAACACAUAAAUCAGUGCUCAACUAUCCUGGUUCUUGCAAUUAAUGAAGUACGGGCAAGACAUCCUACCUGGACCUGGGACCGGCAGCUGAGAGGGGGAAUCUGCACCUACCGUGCAAAAAUGGGCAACCUCCAGGUCUACGAGGAAGACCCAUGUGACAGAGACAACUAUUACGUCAACAGCGUGAUUAGGCGAGCCCAGUACUUUAAGAGACAUGGGUUCUAGCUCAUAAACCUGCCCUGCCACCAAGCCCCUCCUCUACAUAGACUAGCCCAGUAGUGAUUGUAGUACCCAGAGCAGUUCCUCAGGUCUCCUGGCAGGACCGAUGCUGGUGGCAACAGCAACGGCACCUUGUUCACUCCAGCAAACCCCAGCUCCCCACUCGCCAAUGGGCGAGCUCAGCUCUGCCUUCUAGUGGACCGCGGGGACAAGAUAGCACAAGCUUGGGGCCUUUGAAAGGCAGAUGGGGACAGACCAGCAACAUUUAAGUGUCAGUUGAGGAAAGUGCCUCUUCCCAUUCGAAGCUGAACCCGGGGCUGUUCAUGCAGCCCCCAGGCACGCGAGCAUCUCUCCCUGGGCAUCAGCUGCGCUCUUCCCAUCUCCUCCAUCCACCUCCUCUCCGCUCCCUGUCCCCCGAGUUAAAGUCUUUCUUCCCCUGGAUUGUGCUGGCUGCAGGGCAAUGAAGAGACUGCUCGCCAAGCCUCUGAUCUCUGCACGAGCUGUGUAUUCCUGCGGCCACCCUUGUGGGGGACAAUGCUAAACACACUUCUGUUAGUCGCCUGAGCCCUGGAGCCUGCGGCCAUGGUGGGGCUGGAGACUUAUUUAGGGUGAGAAGCAGCCUCACACAGGGGAAAUCCUCUAUAUGAGAAGUACUGCAGGUGCCACAGCAGGCAUACAAAGCACCUUUCCAUCAGAGAGCAGCCAUCUGAGCAGGAGCCAGCCCUGUACAUACCUACCCCAGGAGCUGUAUCACAACAAUAUUGUUGGUAAAAAAACCCACAAUCUUUCCUGCUUUAGCUUUGGUACCUUUAUGCUGGGUUUCCUCCAAGUUUAAAAGCAUUUCAGCACCUGUCCCUCUGCCAGGAAUUCCAACUUCUAAUUAGGAGUGAAUUAACUCUGGGUUUAUAAACUCUGUUUGAAAGUAUUCUUCAAUGUGGUUGGAUCUGGGUGCAAAUUUAGGUUUACUGAGAAUAAUACU